AUGGCACCCGUUGCCAUCGCUGAGACACCGGUCCCCGUCUUCAACAAGAAGCGGGAUGGCCAGGCCUUGGAAGAGAUGUCCGAUGCCAUCGAUGAGGUCAACGUCCUCAAGGCCAACAUGAAGAAGGAGCAGCAGCAGCAGCAGCAUGAGAAGGACCUCUAUGAGGCGUCCGAGUUCGACAAGAACAAGGACAAGUCUGGCUUCCGCCAGUACGAGAACGCCUGCGACCGCGUCAAGAACUUCUACCAGGAGCAGCACACCAAACAGACUGUCGCCUAUAACCUCAAGGCCCGUCACGAUUUCCACAACAAGACCCGUGCCGAGAUGACCAUCUGGGAGGCCAUGGAGAAGCUCAACACUCUUAUCGACGAGUCCGACCCAGACACCAGCCUCUCCCAGAUCGAGCACCUGCUGCAGUCCGCCGAGGCCAUCCGCCGUGAUGGCAAGCCCCGUUGGAUGCAGCUGACCGGUCUCAUCCACGACCUGGGCAAGCUCCUUUUCUUCUUCGACGCCGAGGGCCAGUGGGACGUGGUCGGCGACACCUUCCCUGUGGGUUGCGGCUUCGACGAGCGUAUCAUCUACGGCCGCGACUCAUUCAAGCAGAAUGAGGACUAUGGCCACUCCAUCUACGAUACCAAAUUUGGCAUAUACAGCCCCGGCUGCGGUCUUGACAAGGUUAUGCUCUCCUGGGGCCACGACGAGUACCUCUACCACAUCGCCAAGGAGCAGUCCACUCUACCCGACGAGGCUCUCGCCAUGAUCCGGUACCACUCCUUCUACCCCUGGCACAACGCCGGUGCCUAUCACGAGCUCAUGGAUGCGCACGACAAGGAGAUGCUCCGUGCCGUCAAGGCCUUCAACCCCUACGACCUAUACAGCAAGAGCGACGGCAUCCCCAGCGCGGAGGAGCUGAAGCCUUACUACAUGGAGCUCAUCAACGAGUACUUCCCUGCCAAGGUUAUCCGUUGGUGA